AUGAACUCCAUCAUCCGCCUCGCGCGGCCUCUCCUCGCCCCGCGCAUCGCCCCUCUGUCCCAACGGACAUAUACAUGCCUCUCCCCCCUCCGACCAACCCUGUCAUCAACCUUUCGUCCCACCACCGCAACCUCCUCCUCCUUCACACCCUCUCCCACAACAACAUCAUCAUCAGAAGCCUCAGCAGACGUCGUGCCCGCCACGGCAGUCUCCGCGCAUCCCGCCCUGCAGGGCAUGCAGCUGCGCUUUGGGCCGCGAAACACCAUGAACGGACACACGAGGCUCGUGCAGAAGCGGAGACACGGCUGGCUCAAGAGGACGCGGAGUAAGACUGGGCGGCGCAUCUUGCAGCGGAGGAAGCUCAAGGGGAGGAGGCAUGUUGCGUGGUGA